GAAUCCUCGUGAAAGGAAGCCAGUUGGUAGUCCGACCCCUGGGUGAGACACCUUCGCCUCCCCACCCCGACCCUCACAAGGGGGGCGGGGAUCGGUUGGAUUAAACCAACACAGGUAAAUGGCCCCGGGGAAAUGGCGACCAAGACUACGGCGAGGUGCCCUUGGUUCUGCUCAGUAGGGUCAGAGUUCCUGCUAGUGCUGCAGACACCCAGCAUGUGCUGACCUGGUGACAGCCAUAGUCACCAUAAUUAGUGAUUAGAUAUCACUCAAGAAAGUGGCUUCUAAGAGUAAAGUGGUUUGUUUCCUGUCGAUGGAAUGUUGAGGCACGCUGGCCAGCAUCAGAGAGGCUGUCCAAUCAGAAGGGGGCCGCUAUAAAGGCUAGGCCACCUGCACCAUGGGCCAGUGUGUCACCAAAUGCAAGAAUCCAUCAUCUACAUUAGGCAGCAAAAAUGGAGAUCGGGAUCCCAGUGGCAAAUCCCAUAGUAAGCGCAGUGGGAGCCACCGAGAUGACCAUACACCAUCUUGUGGGAAGCCUGGUGGUGACAUCCUUGUCAAUGGGACCAAGAAGGCAGAGGCAGCCUCAGAGUCCUGUCCGUUUCCAACAUCAUCUGGAGAUGCCAGGAGGGAUCCUGAGUCCAACACUGAGGAAUCAUCCCUUCAGAGGAUGGAGGAACUAUUUAGGCGUUAUAAGGAUGAGCGGGAAGAGGCGAUUUUGGAGGAAGGCAUGGAGCGCUUCUGUAAUGAUCUGUGUGUCGAUCCCACAGAAUUUAAAGUGCUGGUCUUGGCUUGGAAAUUCCAAGCUGCUACCAUGUGCAAGUUCACAAGGAAGGAGUUUUUUGAGGGCUGCAAAGCCAUAAGUGCAGACAGCAUUGAUGGGAUUUGUGCUCGCUUCCCCAGUCUCUUAAAUGAAGCCAAACAGGAGGAUAAGUUCAAGGAUCUCUACCGAUUUACAUUUCAGUUUGGCCUGGACUCUGAAGAAGGGCAGAGGUCACUGCAUCGGGAAAUAGCCAUUGCCCUUUGGAAGCUCGUCUUUACACAAAACAACCCCCCUGUAUUGGACCAGUGGUUACACUUCCUAACAGAGAAUCCCUCGGGAGUCAAGGGAAUCUCCCGGGACACAUGGAACAUGUUCCUAAACUUUACUCAGGUGAUCGGACCCGACCUCAGUAACUACAGUGAAGAUGAGGCCUGGCCUAGUCUCUUUGAUACCUUUGUGGAAUGGGAGAUGGAGCGAAGGAAAAAGGGAGAGGAAUCAAAAUGUCUGACGACUUCAGACACAGAGAGCCUGUGUCAAGAGGAGCAGACUUACCAGUACGUGUGAGCAGCCAUGACAGAGCCACCUGCUGUUUGUUGUCCUUCAGUCAGUGGAGAACUCGGAACUUUCUGGAAAUUACUGAGGAUCCAGAUAUUUUCUACUUUACACCUUUCUCUGCCUUGUAUUUGAAAGGGCUCUAAAAUGCUGUAUCAUGUUUUAGGCACUUUCUUCAUUUUUUGGUUAUUCUUUUUUAACAGUUUUUUUUGUUCCUAAAAUAUUUGACCCUGGCUACAUGUUGUGUAAUUUUUUUAAGCCUUCAGAUAGAAUUGAGUCUGCCGUUUCUUGCACAAUUUAGAUUGGGGGGGGGGGGAGGGUUAGGUUGAAUUAACAUUACAAAAUGAUACAGUGCCAGAUCUCAGUUUUGCAUACUACAUUUUUCAGGGCAGGUCUGUACUGUGUGUAGUGCUGUUUACAUGGUUGAAUUUAGGUUGUAAUAAUUAUUUUACAAGAUUUAUACAGAGUUGAAUAGCAGUGUUAACUGUUAACCACUUUGAGUUAAUUCCCAGACAAUUUGAAGCUCUAAAAAGAAAGGAAAACAAUUUGCAGUCUGGUGAAAUCCUAUUUUAAGCGAAUUCAUUAGAAACCCUAAUUUUUUCUCCUUGUUCAUUCCUUCCUUCACCAAUUGCAUUACAUAGUUUAUUCAUUGACAUGCUGUGCCUGUCAUUCAAGUGAGCGGUUUCUAAUACAUUGUACUGAAAACCACUUAAACGUCAAAUGCAGAGAAAGCAGUGCUACCUCAGUUUUGCUGGAAGUAGACCUCUUUGAUAGUUUUCUGUUUUUGAUGAAGUUGCUGUAUUUUCAUGUUCUAAGUGGAAAUACUUUUUUUUUUAUUUGACUCGGAGCCAAAGGUUCUGUUCCCCAUGGUUGGCAAACUCCGUGCCCACUGGCCAACUCACUUGAAGGAAAACUGUGGUAUGGAGCUCUGCUUGAAUUUUUAUUUUGAUCUCUCUCUCUCUCUCUCUCUCUCUCUCUCUCUCUCUCUCUCUCUCUCUCUCUCUCUCUCUCUCUCUCUCUCUCUCUCUCUCUCAAGUAUCAUCAGCUUACUUGUCUGGCAAGUGCAGGAAGCCCGGGUUGGCCUCAGUGCUGCCAAACAAAUGUUUGAAAGUGUGUUUAAUGGUUAAACUCUUAUGCCCUCUCCCUUCUUGCUGCAGCAACGUUGUCACCUGACCCAGUGAGUUAUUUAUUAUCUUUUUUUUUUUUUUAAUGUUGGGCUCAUUUGGGGUGACGUGAUGACUGUUUAGGUUUACAUAAAUUUCCUUCCAUCUCCUCUGAAAUUUCUUAGGUUCAUUGUUCAUUGCCUGCUUAAACUGGUUUGUAAAAAGGGAGGUGGGAAUGUAGAAUGAAGAAGGCUUUGUAGAGGCUGUCGAUGCAGCCUUUGAAUUCUGGAAUCAGAAUCUGGAACAUUUUCAUAAAAGAGGGGAUGGAUUCUUGUAGCUUUUUCCUUGCCCAGAACAUAGUACUGGUCAAUCUUUAUGAUAUAUUUGGAUGAACCUUAGGGUAACUGAUCUCCCAAGCUGGGCCAUGAGGAAAUGGUUUCUCAUCCAAACCUAAUCCCAGUGGAGGGAUUAUCUCUUAGAUUUUGGUUUUAAUAAAUGAGUUUGGUAAGAAAAAGAGGAUGGCACUGGGGACUUAACAACAGUGUACAAAUCUGCUUCUGAUGUUUUUGAACUUAUUCAAGAGAGACUGUCAAGUGAACACUUUUUUAUGCCCUUUUAUAGUCAAAUCUGUUUAUUUCUUAACAUUUAAGCCCGUUUUCUGCCCAUGUGCUGCACAUCAUUUGGCUUGGGCAUGGUCUGUUCAUUUCUAGCUCUUGCCUCCUUUACUAGAGAGCUUGAACUUACAUCUUUGCAGGAAUGAUGUUUUGUGGAGUUUCUGCAGUGAAUGUUUUUCUAUUGAAUUUAAACCCAUUUUAUAUUGAAAUUUUUUAAAGCCCUGAAUUUGAUGAGUUUUCCUUUAAAAAAAAAAGAGGAAAAAAAAUCUACCAUGAAGCGAAUAGGUGAUGUUGGAGGACUAUGGUAAGACUGAAGGGAAUUCUGACUGAUUUCCUGGGAUUGGUCACAGCCAAGCCUUGUGGGCUGCUUAGCCGAGGCCCAUUUCACUGAAGGCCUUCAGUUGCCCCAACAGGUUUGGUAGGUUUAAUUGCAGUUUUAAGACUGAAAAACUACUGCCUUUGCCUGAAAAUACUAGAGGAAAGAGCCCCUCUGCUCUUCCCAUUUCAGUGUGUUUUACAGUCCCCAAUUCUUGUAGCACCAUCUUGGGCAUUGUUUGGGCAGGCAGGUAAGCAGGCACUGUUGCUUUCAGGGGAGCAGAGUUCAUCAUCACAUCCCACGAGCAGCAGUCCAAUUGAAAAAGGGGUGAGGAAGUCAUAAGAAUCCUCUAGACCUCAGAGGGAUUGGAUUCCUUUCCUAGCCUAAAAAAGGCAUUCCGUUUAGAUGUACUGUAUUAUGGGUUUGGGUUUUUGUUUUAAAUUAAAAAAAAUUUUGAGGAGCCAUUUUAAAAAAAAAUAUUUUUAAUGAACCAUUCGUUAUAAAAAUGUAACACAAAAGCAGUUCAGAUUGCAAAUGAGCCAGAAAAUGGAGUGUUAAGUCAAGUUACAUGCUGUUCCUACCUCCCCACUUCAUGUCCCUAAUGUAUAGCAAGGAGUUUUAAGAUGUGUUAGCUCUGAGUUGAUUGUGGUCAUGAAUAAAAGUUAAGCGUAGGCUUUUGUGUUCAGAUCCCUCCCUCUUGGGGGUGUGGGUUUGUUGUUCCUGCUUCUUGGAAAUGAAAAGUUCAUUACUAUUAACUCUAACAUGAAAAUGAGCUUGUAUAAUGGCUGAGUUGUGUUUCUGUGAAAUAAGUAAGAAAUAUAUAGAGAGUAUAUAGAGCACAUGAUUGGGACACUGCAAACACUGAGGCACCUUGUACUUUGACAGCAACAGCCAGAAGUCAACAUAAGACUGGUAUUUUGGAAACCAAUAGGAACUUUUGAGUGUGGCUAAUUAUAACAAAUUAAUACAUGCUGGGAAACUUGCUUUUGGCAAAUUGCUUCUAUCUAUGAGCAUUGUUCUAGUAUGAGAAGAAGCUUCUGCUUUGAUAACUCUCCCUUUUUGUCCCUGAGAAGCAAGACACAAUUAGAAUAUAUUGCCACCUCGGUAAUAAAAUACCACUCGUUUUAGGUUCAGGCAGCCUGACUUUCUCGCCUUUCCCGUGAUAGUUGUGCUCACACAUGUGAGUUGAGAUCAGGAAAACACACCUCCUAAUUGUGAUAAAGGAGCAGGUUUUAACCAUUAGUGAUUGGAAGGUGAAAUGGUUGUGUUAGAAACAAACGAAUUAAAUGAAAAUACAAAUGUGCAACAACAUCAUUUGGCCCAGAAAAAUCUCAUUGAGAAGUGCAGUAUUUUCCAUGUUAUGCUUACUUAAGAAAGGGACACUCUAACCUCCUUGAAAAAGGAAGGGUAUAACUGUACAGUAUUAGGCUAUCUCAGAAAUGUUGCUGAAUUCCCAGGUGGUGCUGGUGCCAAAAUUUGUUCUUGGGUAUGGGGUACUGGUAGGAGCAAGGCCUGGUUGAUUUGUUUUCACAGCCUUAUGUUGUAUAUCCAGUUUUCCUGGAAAAACAGCUGACUCUGAAGCUUAAAAGUUGAUAGUGCAUUUUAGUUACAACAAAAAUGUCUACUGGGAGUGGUGACCAACCCUGAAAACUUCUUGUUUGAAACAGGACAAAUCCUGUUAUGAAGAAGAGCAAUGUCACUGAUUUGCCAUAUUUUAAAGUUGGGUGUAUAGAUCCAUAGCGUCAUUGGUGGGUAGAGGAGUAGGGGACAACACAGAGGUAGACCCACAUGUAAGAUGAAGGCUGGGAGCUGAUUGCUUUUCUGUUUGUCCUAUUUCUUUUAUAACUGGCUAGUAGUGUUUUGAAUUAGACUCUUAGUAACUGACAUAGGCCUUCCCUUAGGGGAGUUCAGCAGUAUCUUGACUGAGAAGGAUGAUGAGACUAGAUUGCUGAAAUAUGUUCAUCUCAAUCCAUCUGAUCCCGAAAAGAAUUAUUCAUUUUUAUCCAUCUUGUUUGUGGACUCUCUAGAAGCUUUCCCACAAUUUAUCUCCCUUGUUAUGCAGUGGUUUUCAAGAUGGCUUGGCCCCCAGGGCUGCCUUUCUAUCAGGAAUAGCAGCUUUUGCUUUGGGUGUGUUUGGAACAAAACCUGAUGUUGGAACACCAAUUGUUGUAGAAAUGUAUGAACAAAAUUGAGGUAACCCUUGGGUCCUGUUUCUGAUCCAGAUGCUGGAUUAUCAUGGUCUUUUUACAGACCUGCCUCUGUUCCUCUGAAGCCCACUCUACAUUCCAUAGAUAAUAUUUUUGCCCCCAUUUUCCUUUCCCCCAAAGAAAAGAGAAAACUCAUCCCAAAAAAUCCCCAACAAAAACAAAACCCAGAAGUCUUGGAAAUUUCCAAACGAUGCUACUUAGCAAUUGCUGCAGUUCAUUCCUUAUAAAAAUAUAAGAUGUGUGGUUGUUAUUGUUGGUGGGUUUUUUUUGGGGGGGGGGUAAGAAAUUCCUUUCCAAAUCCUUUGCCAUCCUACCCACUCCUGCCCUGCCAUGAAACACCCUUGGGUCUAUAUGGUCAUUCACUUCUUAACCUGUUGCACUAAUGGGCAGUUUUGUUUCAAAGGAAAAUUUGAAGCAAUAGGCAACAGGGCUUGGACAGAUUAGUCCUGCAAACAACUUGCCUUAAUCUGUUGGGUUGAUUAGUUUAUCACUAAUGUUGUAAUCCUCCACCUUGAUGUAUUUUUAAUGGUUUUUUGAUAAGUGUAUCCUUUACUUCAAGGUUGUACAAACUGUUGAAAAGCUACCUUUUGUGUUUUCUGCAUUGUUGCACUCUUCAAGUGGCCCCUUUUUAAUAUGUUUGUUACCUUGUUACACACAUUUUGUCUUUGAUGUCUACAUUAUUUUUCCCCUUAAAUGUAUUUUAUUUGAAGGUUACCUGCUGUUGAAUUUAAUAAAUUUGUUUACUUGAUUAUUGCCAUUAAUGAAGAACAAUCAGUAAAGUUGGUUUUUUGAACUCUGGGCUUACAAAAAAGUAAAGUGGGGGAAGAAGGGGAAUGGCUAGAAGCAUUUAAAUCCUAAUUUCAUCAUGAAUGCCUUAAAGUCCUCUUUUUCAUUGAAGUUCCAUUUCCCCCCCUGAAAGAUUA